AUGGAAAACGUUGGAAUGGACAAUAAAUCGUUGCAUUUUCAACCAUUCAAUAACACCCUUCUUGAGUGUAUGAAAGAUCAAGAUCAAAAGCAGUAUGAACUCUUUCCUUACUAUGAUGAGUUAUUAAAUAGUACAGUACUUGACAAGAUGGUUCUAGAUAACUUGAUUUCAAGAUGUAUUUUGAUGAUAGAAGACAGGGAGGAAAUUAUCAAACCUGCCACACAAAAUGAACGCAACAAGGUUCUACUCGAUAUCUUGACUAAACGACCGUAUGGUACAUUAAAUGUGUUUAAGGAAGUUUUAAAAGAAUCAGACCCAUACAAUACUGAUGUUCAAGAACUUGUCAGCAGAAUGCAAUGUAUUGAAAGUUAUGAUGAAAGUAUCAGUUGUCAUGAUAUAAUUUUCCAUGAACACAUUGUAAAGCUACAAAAGAACUAUACGAAGUUCGUCCAUGAUGUAGAAAGCAAAACUGAUAUAGCUGACUACCUUUAUGAAAAUAGUGUUUUAAAUGAUGAAGAAAAAGAGGAAGUUUGUAGUUGUUCCAUUACUCGACACGAUAGUAAUAGAAUUUUAUAUUCGAAAUUGUUCCGGAAAGGUGAAGAUGCAUUCAAGCAUCUUCUUAAAGCUUUACGUCAUGGAAAGUAUGAAGACAUCGCUUUUGAUAUUGAGAACACCAAAGUUUCAGAGCAUGAAAUACAGUUGCUUCAAAUAGGAAUGAAGAGACUUCAAGAAAGAGAGAAGGAAAGAGGUAAACCCAAACGUUUAGAAAUAUUUCAAGUCUCGUGA